UCCCUCCAGCCUGUAGGUGGUGGUGGCGGCAGCAGCGGCGGCGACGGGGCCUGUGGCGCACGGCUUGGCUUCCUGCUUCCUCGCUUCGGCCGAGCUCGGCGAGAAGGGGGAGAAGAGAAGCGGCCCGAACCCCGCGGCUUGCUCGCUGGUGCCUCCGAAGAGGGCGGGAGGGGGCGCGCCAAGCAGGAGGAACUCGGGGCGGCCGAAGCUUCCUCUCUCCACCACUGCCGCCAUGUCGGACGGCGAGAAACUCAAUUUGGAUUCCAUCAUCGGGCGCCUCCUAGAAGUGCAAGGCUCACGCCCCGGCAAAAAUGUGCAGCUGACAGAAAAUGAGAUCAGGGGCUUGUGCCUGAAGUCCCGGGAGAUCUUCCUGAGCCAGCCCAUAUUAUUAGAGCUGGAAGCUCCACUCAAGAUAUGUGGUGACAUACAUGGACAAUACUAUGACCUGCUACGACUCUUUGAAUACGGGGGCUUCCCCCCAGAAAGCAACUACCUCUUCUUGGGUGACUAUGUGGAUCGGGGGAAGCAGUCGCUGGAGACAAUCUGCCUCUUGUUGGCCUACAAGAUUAAAUAUCCUGAGAACUUUUUCUUGUUACGUGGGAACCACGAGUGUGCAAGCAUCAAUCGCAUCUAUGGCUUUUAUGAUGAGUGUAAGCGGCGCUAUAACAUCAAGUUGUGGAAAACUUUCACCGACUGCUUCAAUUGCCUUCCCAUCGCUGCCAUCGUUGAUGAGAAGAUUUUCUGCUGCCAUGGAGGACUCUCUCCUGACCUCCAGUCCAUGGAGCAGAUUCGGCGAAUCAUGAGGCCUACAGAUGUCCCAGACCAGGGUCUGUUGUGCGACUUGCUGUGGUCUGAUCCUGACAAAGAUGUGCAAGGCUGGGGCGAGAAUGACCGUGGAGUCUCAUUCACCUUUGGUUCAGAAGUUGUCGCCAAAUUCCUGCACAAACAUGAUUUGGAUUUGAUCUGUCGAGCGCACCAGGUGGUAGAAGAUGGCUAUGAGUUUUUUGCCAAACGGCAGUUGGUGACACUCUUUUCCGCUCCAAACUACUGUGGUGAGUUUGAUAAUGCAGGCGCAAUGAUGAGUGUUGACGAGACUCUAAUGUGCUCCUUCCAGAUCUUGAAACCAGCUGAUAAGAACAAGGGUAAAUACGGCCAGUUCAGUGGUCUGAACCCUGGUGGGCGCCCAGUCACUCCGCCACGCAACUCGGCCAAAGCCAAGAAGUAACUAGUCCUGCCUGUCCCCUCCCCUCAGCUGUAGGUGUGGGGCCCAGGCUGUCUUGCGUAGCGCUUACACUGUACAGCGGCUGCCUACCUCCCCAGGGCCCAGCCAUGUAAUUUUUAAAAAACUUCUGAAUAAGAAUUCAAUACCAAAAAUUCUGCUCCCCUAGGACGGGGAUGUCUUUAUUUUUGGGGGUAUUUUUGAUUGACCUUUUUUGCCAACUUUGUCCUGAGGUGUACCCUCCCUUCCCCCAUGAGGGUACUACAUCUUUUUUGAAUAAACAUGUAAGAUUCUUAUA